AUGCUCCUCUUUCAGCUAGUCUUAAUGGUCCUACUUACUGAGGCAGAAGAGCCUGCUUGUAGGCUACAGAGUCAUGUGGAGCGACCUGAAUUUCAGACAGAUGGAGAUCUCAUCAUUGGAGGCAUUUUCUCAUUUCGUACUAGGCAAGAUGGCUACAUAGACUCAUUUCGGAGCAUGCCAGAAGUCCGCCCAUGCUGGGAUUUAAGUUUCAGAGAAUUCCAGUUUGCACAGACAUUGAUAUUUGCUGUGGGGGAAGUAAACAAAAAUCCCAACAUUCUGUCUGAAGUCUCACUGGGAUACAAAAUAUACAAUAACUGUGGAUCUAUGGAUAUACUGAGAUCUGCAAUGGCACUGGUGAGUAGUCAUGAAAGCGCAACAACAACUGCCAAGUGCACGUCUCAAACUAUCCAAGCCAUUAUUGGACAUUCUGGGUCAACGCCAACUAUGGGUUUUGCAAGAACUGUUGGACAGUUCCAUAUACCAGUGAUCAGUCAUUUUGCCACCUGUGCUUGCCUGAGCAACAGAAAAGAGUUCCCUUCCUUCUUCAGAACCAUUCCCAGCGAUUACUACCAGAGCAGAGCACUGGCUCAGCUAGUCAAACACUUUGGUUGGACCUGGGUUGGGGCUAUAAGUAAUGCAAAUGACUAUGGACUGAACGGCAUAGCGAUGUUUAUCACGGCAGCCCACGAGGAAGGUGUCUGUAUAGAGUAUUCAGCAGCUUUUGAGAGCACAAGUCCAUACCACGAAAUACUCCGCAUAGUGGAUAUUAUUAAACAUUCCACAUCUAAAGUGAUAAUGGCUUUCAUGUCCCACAGAGAGAUUAAAGUGUUGGUAGAAGAGUUAUACAAGCAGAAUAUUACAGGUCUGCAGUGGAUUGGCAGUGAUGCCUGGAUCACAGACAGCUCUCUCACAGAGAGCCUGGGACAUGCUGCUUUGAUUGGCUCUGUAGGUUUCACUGUGCCCAGGGCACAAAUCCCUGGGCUGGGUCCUUUUCUACAGGAAGUCAACCCCUCACAAUUUCCCAACAGCAUGUUUCUUAAAGACUUUUGGGAAAGCACGUUCAACUGUUCACUUACUUAUAAAGCAAGUCAGAGGACAUGUAAUGGUUCUGAGCAUUUAAAAGACAUAAAAACCCUCUUUACUGAUGUAUCUGAUCUGAGGUUCACCAACAAUGUCUACAAGGCUGUUUAUGCAGUGGCCCAUGCGCUACACAAUCUACUCUCAUGUCAGCAAAGCAACCCUUCAUUUUCUAAUGCAAGUUGUACUGAACUUUCCCAAAUACAGCCUUGGCAGGUUUUACAAUCCCUGCAGAACGUAAAUUUCAUCACACCUCAAGGGGAAAGUGUGUUUUUUGACAAAAACGGAGAUUCACCAGCAAGAUAUGAGCUGAUCAAUUUGCAGCAGGUCAGUGAAGGAACCAUGAAAGUUGCCACAAUUGGACACUACGAUGCAUCUUUGCCUAAAGGCCAACAGUUUACUAUAAAUGGGAAUCAAAUUGUCUGGAAUGGAGGAAGCAAAACAGUGCCAGUAUCUGUGUGCAGUGAGAGCUGUCCUCCCGGCACAAGAAAAGCUGUGCAGAAAGGAAAGCCUGUUUGCUGCUAUGACUGUAUACCAUGCCCACCAGGAGAAAUCAGCAACAUAACAGAUGCACCCAAUUGCUUGAAAUGUCCAGUGCAACAGUGGUCAAACACAAGAGGGGAUGCCUGCAUCCCAAAAGAAGUUGAAUUUCUAUCGUAUGAGGAAAUAAUGGGGAUACUGCUUGCACUAUUUUCUUUGAUUGGAGUCUUUUUCACCAUUCUGACAACAUUUGUUUUCUAUUGUUAUAGAAAUACUCCCAUCGUCCGAGCCAACAACUCAGAGCUGAGCUUGCUGCUCUUCUCACUGACUCUGUGUUUCCUCUGCUCACUUACUUUCAUUGGUCAGCCCUCUGAGUGGUCCUGUAUGCUGCGCCACACAGCGUUUGGGAUCACCUUCGUCCUCUGCAUCUCCUGUGUUCUGGGGAAAACAAUAGUGGUGUUAAUGGCCUUCAGAGCUACACUUCCAGGCAGUAACGUCAUGAAAUGGUUUGGGCCUCCACAGCAGAGACUCAGUGUAUUUGCCCUUACUCUCAUACAGGUCUUUAUCUGUGUGCUUUGGUUAACAAUAUCCCCUCCUUUCCCCUACAAGAACAUGAACUACUACAAGGAAAGAAUCAUAUUAGAAUGUAACAUAGGUUCAGCUAUAGGUUUCUGGGCCAUUCUGGGUUAUAUAGGGCUCUUGGCUGCUUUAUGUUUUGUUUUAGCUUUUUUAGCUCGAAAGCUGCCUGAUAAUUUUAAUGAAGCCAAGUUCAUCACAUUCAGCAUGCUCAUAUUCUGUGCAGUUUGGAUCACCUUCAUUCCAGCUUACGUCAGCUCUCCUGGAAAGUUCACUGUAGCUGUAGAGAUAUUUGCUAUUUUAGCUUCAAGUUAUGGUUUACUCUUCUGCAUUUUUAUACCUAAAUGCUAUGUAAUGUUAUUGAAACCUGAAAUGAACAAUAAAAAGCAAGUAAUGGGAAAGACCAAAUGA